AUGGCUCCCCGAAAUGUGAACGUGCUGGUCACUAGCUUUGCUGGCCUAGGAUUACCAUCGACCCUCGUUCUUCCUCUGGCAUCAUCGACAACAGUUACAGAACUGCGCGAACGCAUAGAUGAUCGACUCCCGACGACUCAGUCAAGACUCAUCCUCACCACACUAUCGAACAAGCAACUACCAGCCUCAUCAGACUCUCCUAUCUCCAGCUAUCUCUCCACUGCCGACGAUGAAUUCCUUUCCUUGCGACUCGCUGUCCCCCUUUGUGGUGGCAAGGGUGGUUUCGGAUCUCAACUUCGAGCCGCGGGUGGUCGCAUGUCUUCGCGCAAAAAGAAGAGCCAAGAGGACCACGGAUCUAGCCGAAACCUGGAUGGACGACGUCUACGUACUGUGAACGAGGCCAAGGCGUUGGCUGAGUAUCUAGCUAUCAAGCCCGAGAUGGAAAAGAAGGAGAAAGAGAAGCGCCGUGAGCGUUGGGAACAGAUCGUUCAAAUGUCAGAGCAGAAGGAAGCUGAAAUUAAGUCGGGUAGCAAGAGUCGUCUUGACGGUCAGUGGGUCGAGGACAAGGAAGAGAGUAGUGAGCGAACUCGAGAGGCUGUUUUGGCUGCCAUGAAGGCUGGUAACUACAAAGACAACUUGCUCGGCACAUCUCACGAUUCGAGCUCUACACAGCCAAGCAACGACCAAUCCGGUUCAGAUGAGGACAAGGGUACAUCAUCAGAGCAGUCAACGCCGCCCCCUGCCGAAGGGGCAAAGGCCGACAAGGGCAAAGGCAAAGCUACGACAUUCUUUGGAUUCGAUGAGGACGAUGAAUUUAUGAGUUCAGAUGAUGAAGAUGAGGAAAAUUGA